ACAUUACACACUCUUCUGAUACUCUCUCUCUCUCUCUCAAAGCAAAACAGAGACAAAGAAAACAGAGCGUGCUCUCUUCUUAUCUCUUAAUCAUUCUCUCUUCACCAGAUUCCCAACACUAUCAUUCCCCCCUUCUUCCUCUAUAAAAAAUCAUUCACUUCUUCUUGCUCUCAUGGAUCUUUGGGAACCAUUAGACCACCACCACCGUCAUCCUUCUUUCUCCUCUUCUCUCCUCGACCAAAUCUACCGCUCCAUCGACGAUUCUUCUCCUAACUCCUCCUCCAUGAGAAAAACUAAGCAUCAGACCCGCGACGAAACUGCUCGCGUUUCUUCUUCUUCCAACCGCCGCACAACAACCGCCGCCGCCGACGGUUUCAUCAAAUCCAGGAAUCUUAAAAAAAACUUAGAACAAGAACCUGUCUUCUUCAAGCUCUCCUCUACUACUACCUCAACCUCCUCCGACUCCAGCGGUGGCUUCUCUUCUUCUGAGUCUGACUCUUUCUACCGACGUUCUAAAUCCUCUCCGGCUACUCAUUCUUCUUCUCACCACCCCAAACCGAUCCGAACCACCGUCGUCGAACGACCUAAUAACAACACUAAACAAGAACAUGGAGGAAGCUUUCUCAAAACCAAAUCCAAAGCGUUCAGGAUCUACACCGAUCUCAAGAAAGUCAAACAACCCAUUUCUCCCGGCGGUCGUCUCGCCACUUUUCUCAACUCUAUUUUCACCGGCGCCGGUAACACCAAAAAACUUAACAAAAUCAACACCACCACCGUCAACUCCGCGACUGCGGCGGCGUCGUCGACCACCACCACAACGUGCUCCUCCGCGUCGUCCUUCUCUAGAUCUUGCUUGAGUAAAACGCCGUCGUCUAGCGAGAAAUCGAAACGAUCCGUUAGGUUUUGUCCCGUCAACGUCAUCUUCGACGAAGACUCCUCCAACUCCAACUCCAAGUACAACAACAACAACAACAACGUACGUGAAUAUGAUGAAUCCACUCGCCAUCAUAGAAACUUUGAUACUCUAGAGAUCCGAGUGAUGGAAGAGAAUCGUCGUGUGAUCGAAGCAGCUAAGGAGCUUCUUAGAACUUACCAGAAUAGUAACAAAGACGUUGUCAAAGUCUCCCGCGACGAUGUAGACGAAAAAGAAGAUGAAGACGAGGAUGAUGAUGAUGAUGCGUUGAGUUGCACGAGCUCUGAUCUGUUCGAAUUGGAUAACUUAUCGGCGAUAGGAAUCGAUAGGUAUCGAGAAGAGCUUCCGGUUUACGAAACAACUCGGUUAAACACGAAUCGUAUUAUUUCUAGAUGAUUAUAAUAAUUUUUAUUACUUGGUUUCUAGUAAGUGAGUAUCAUAUGUUAUAGACUUCAAUUGAUAGUGUGUUACGAGUAACUUGUGAGUUUUGUAUUACUACUAAUUAGAUUAUUGAUCAGCUAUUUGGAAUUUAUCAAAUUA